AUGAGCAUCAAGCCCUCACCGCCUCCCUCGACUCGCUCGACCCACUCGACCACCGUCGAGCCGACGCCGACGACGUCGAGUACCUACAACGAGAAGGCGCCCAUCGUAUCGUCGACGCCGCAAGCGCCCAGCCACAAGGGCGACGGCGACCGCGACGGCUCGGCGGCGUCCAAGAGCCCCAAGAAGGACGGCCGCUUCUGGCUCAUCUUCCUCACCCUCUGCUGCUGCUGCUUCUUGUCUGCGCUCGACUUGACGGCCGUCUCGACGGCCUUGCCUACUAUUGCCGCCGACUUUCGCUCGUCAGAGGCGACCUGGAUCGGCAGCGCCUACGCCCUCACCUCGACCGCGCUCAUCCCUUGGACCGGCGGCCUCGCCGCCAUCUUUGGUCGUCGCCCCGUCAUGAUCGGCGGCAUCCUCCUCUUCGCGCUCGGGAGUGCCCUCACCGGUGCGGCGCAGAGCAUGGCCAUGGCGAUCGGCGGCCGCAGCGUCCAGGGCAUCGGCGGCGGCGCCAUCCUCACCAUGGUCGAGAUCGUCGUGUGCGACCUCGUCCCGCUCGCCGAGCGAGGCAACUACUUCGGAGCGAUCGGUGCCGUGUGGGCUCUUGCUUCUACUCUCGGCCCGCCCAUCGGCGGCGCUCUCGCUUCUGCAGGAGCAUGGCGCUGGCUCUUCUACCUGAACCUUCCCCUCUGCGGCAUCGCCCUCGCCCUCACCGUCUUCUUCUUCAAGAUCAAGGCCCCCGAGACGACGACGCAGGAAAAGCUCGACCAGAUGGACUACUGGAACGUCCUCUUCGUCGCCGCCGCGACGUCGACCAUCCUCGGCCUCACUUGGGGCGGUGGGACGCACCCUUGGUCGUCGUACCAGGUCCUCGUGCCCCUCAUCGUCGGCAUCUUCGGCAUGAUCGCGUUCGUCAUCAUCGAGCGCAAGUACGUCAAGCACCCGACCGUCCCGUUCGACAUUCUCGUCCACCCGAACGCCCUCCUCGGCUACCUCACGACGUACCUGCACGCCGUCGUCAUGCUCGCCAUCGUCUACUACUUACCCCUCUACUUUCAGAUGCGCGGCUACUCGGCUGUCCAGUCGGGCGUCAAGAUCUUCUCGAUCAGCUGGACCAUCGCGCCGUUCGCCAUCAUCACGGGCGCCAUCGUGACCGUCACCGGGCACUACGUCGCGCUGAACUGGAUCGGCUGGGCCUUCGUCACCAUCGGCUGCGGGCUCAUGAGCCUUCUCAAGUACAACUCGCCGACGUCGAUGUGGGGCGCCUUCCCCGUCAUCGUCGGCAUCGGCUUGGGCUUGCUCUACACGGGCACCAUGUUCCCCGUCCUCGCGCCUCUCAAGCCCGCACAGCAGCCUUACGCUAUCACCUUCUACGGCUUCGUGCGCUCCUUCGGCCAGGUACUCGGCAUCACGAUCGGCUCGACCGUCUUCUCGAACCAGCUGGGCAGCAAACUCCCCGAGGCGUUCGUAUCGCAGCUCGGCGGCGAGGUCUCGGGCGAUGCGGCGUACGCGCUCGUCGCACAGAUUGCUCAACUCGCCGAGCCGAUCCGCAGCGAGGUUCGCGAGGCCUACGCCGAGACGCUCGUCGUCCUCUGGCAGAUUUUAAUCGGGCUCGGCGGCCUCGGGUUUUGCAUCUCUCUCGGCUUGAAGAACUUGGCUCUCACGACCGAGGUGGAGGCGAGCUGGGGCGUGCAGGAGAAGAAGAAGGAGGCUGGCGCGCCGGGAGCCGAGGAGGAGUCGGUCGGUCGUUGA